UUUCAAUAGCCUUAAAAUUGGUUUCAAAACAGGCUAUUGAAAUCACCAAUCGGUAUAUAAGCGAGCGCCGCUCGUAAACCCACUCAGUUAUAAUUGAACAGCGAUUGGAGCAUGUUGUCGCUGUUGUUGUGAAGCUCUUCGUUUAUCAUGAAAGCGCUGAUGAACGGUGUCACCAAGAGCCUGUUUGUGCACCUUAGGCCAGAAGGGAAUCCACCAGAAGGAGAGUGAUGCCACGGUUCCGCUUGAAACAUCGGAGCAGCCGCCACACAUACAUACACGCGCGGAACCCUCGUUCCGCGUUCCGCGUACCAGUUCCCCUGGGAAUUGAAAAAUACAUUCAUGCGAAAGAGUUUAUUUUAAUGUUUUCUAUUCAUACAACACUGCAACCAAAUACAUUUGGUUUUGUGAUUUUUCAAUCAAUCGCAAUUGACAGGAAAGUUUCUGAAUAUUAUUUUUCCCCAUCAGUAGAUAAUUUUCGUAUCCAAUAUUGGAUGCAUAACAUGAAAAACGGAAAAUGUUACACAUCGCGAAAAUCAUGUCAUUUUCGAGCGAUUAUUUGCAUCCUACUCAUAUAUUGCUGCGACCAAAUACAUUUCGUUUUGGAUUUUUCAAUCAAUUGCGAUCAACGUAAGACCACGUCUUUCGGCAAUUUAUUAGAGGUGCAAUGAAUCUUUAGGAAUUCCCGCUCUACGCGCACUGGCAAACGAUGUUUACUCAACAGUUUCUCAAACGAGAAAUGGGUGUUGUGAGAAAGGAUUAGCGAACGCAAAAACGACAAACGGGAGAAAGAGAUGUUUGAAGGUUGAAGGAAAUUAGCAGAAAACAUCUUCAUUUUAUCUUCCGAAUAAUGUGAUUAUCAUAGUACUUCCUUUUGCCGGAAACAGAUUAAUAACGCUCAAAGGAGGAAUCGAAUCCUCCGAGGAAAUACCCAGCGCAAAUUAGAAUCGACUAUAGAUUGCGCCAUUAGUACACAAAUAACUUUAUAAUGCAGUUUCAUCAAAGUGAUUUCUUCGAUAUGGGGAAAUAUUCACUGCAUCAUGUCAUGUAUUUCAUAUUCUUCACUAUCAAAAUCCAUAUCCAUGGCACCUAUCGGUAUCGAAUUGUCAUCGACAACACGAUUUUCGCUAAAUGCUCCCUUCAGUUCGGCCCGCAAAAAACUUUCCUGAACUCUAAUACAUCAAAUUAGGAGCCCUGAAAAGGGCUGCUGAUUAUAUGCUAAGCUAAUAGCACGCUCUCCUCGGAUACGAUGGGCCAAGGACAUCCUUGGGCAUAAUGUGACGCGCUUUGCGUGGAUAGCACACAAAUUGGUAUCUUCGAAUAGGCCUCCUGCAGUACCAUAACCGCGAAGUUUGACGAGCAAGUCGGUUUUGAAGUUCCGGGCAAUUCCACAAACCAAACGCUGCAAAGGUAGCUUGCGGAUCAGCAGUUUGUUCGACCUCUGAAAGCGACGAAUUUCACUUAAAGUUCCCGGUCGAUAGCGAUGUGGCUUCUUCACGCUUUCUGCGGCUGGUGCGCUUAUCCGAGCUGCUUUCAUGGUGCCUUACCACCGAAAGACUAACGAGCUGUCUUCUUGGUCCCAAACAAACAAGUCCUCACGGUGCGAGAGUAGAGUAAGAAAUGAACGAAAGCAAAGGAAGCGUGAUAUUAUAUACCAUAACAGACUUGAAUGUAAACCCCACCCUCUUUAUUAUAUUCUUAGCUUAGCCUGAGAGAGAAAAGAAUAACAUCGAAGUAAUUAUACAGUAAUGUAUUUGAAUCCGGACACUUUGUGUUACAUUCAAUAUCAUACCGCAGACACAACAUUUCGUGCAUGCUGAAUUAAUACGAUUGAUUAGUAAGUAUCAAGUAACUAUCAGUAACUAUAUUAGUAACUAUUAAUCGCAUAAAUUGAACAUGAAAAAAAAUGUUAUGGCUGUGGUAUGAUUUUGAAUGAAAUGCAGUGUCCGGAUUCAAAAGCAUUACUUCUUUUACAGUACAGUUAACUCAACUGAAAAUUUUUCAGUUCGGCCUGCAAAAACGAAAUUAAUUGGAAGAGUACAGCAUAAUGCAUAGACGUGAGUAUGAGCUUCCCCAUCUCACAUUCCAAUAGGAUUAAUGGGCUUCCAAGUGGGCGCGCUACAUACGGAUACGUAUGAUUUCAAUAACCUGUUUCCGAAGCUAUCAUUAAGCUAUUGAAACAAUUUUUCGAGUCAAUAAAUAGCAAUGAUAUAACUCUUGGACAUUUUAUCUUUUGUAUGAAAUGAUUAUCAUACUGUUCCGUUGAUCCGAAGCAGAAUGAAUCACGCUUAAAGAAGGAAUGGAAUGGAAAAAUCUAAUCGUUGCUGAAAAAUAAUCUGCCAGUUCCCGUAGGAAUUGAAAAAUACAUUCAUGCGAAAGAGUUUACUUUAAUGUUUUCUAUUCAUGUAACACUGUGACCAAAUAUUGUUUAAUCAAGUGCUAUUAACAGGUGGUUAUCGAGUUAUCAUUAACCACCGGUGGGCUUCAAGUAUCGAGGAAAAUCUGGAAAAAUCUAAUCGUUGCUGAAAAAUAAUCUGCCAGUUCCCCUGGGAAUUAAAAAACUACAUUCAUGUGAAAGAGUUUAUUUUAAUGUUUUCUAACCAUAUAACACAGCGACCAAAUACAUUUGAUUUUGUAAUUUUUCAACCAAGUGUAAUUAGCAGGAAAGCUUCUGAAGGUUAUUCUUCCCCAUCAGUAGGAUAUUUUCGUAUCCAAUAUUGUAUGCGUAUGCAACGGAAAAUGUUUCGUUUCGCGAAAAUUAUAUAAUUUUCAAUCGAUUAUUGCUCAGUCUCCGAAAGUUUCAAACUCAGAGAGUUCAUUCCCCUCUAGUUUGCCUUCCAAAUUGCUAUCGUAAACCAUACCUUCUCUCGAUUCAAUCGCGCACAAAAAGCAUUUAUUCUGGUGGUGAAACGAUAUUCUGGUGGUGAAACGAUAUUCUGGUGGUGAAACGAUAUUCUGGUGGUGAAACGCAUUCGAUUAGAGGCGAAUGAACUGAAAAGUUUAAAGCCUCUUUAAUCCAACAUCAUCAUCAUGAAACGCAUUCAUUUUCCGUGAGGACAUCGACAAGACAACAUCGUUACUGAACGAGCUGAACUAGCUGGACGAGCUGAACGAGCUGAACGGCGAAGGAUCGAGGGAUCGAAGGAUUCAUUACCUGGCCUGACCUGACCUGAAACGCAAUCAGUUUGUUUUAACUGUGAGGGAGCGCAGAAAAGCCGAUCGAUCAGAAGGAGAAGAGAAGGUGACCAGGAGAGUAUCAGCAUCGAAAAACGGUUCCCCGGGAAGACAUCGAAGCAGCCGCCACACACACACAUGUACGCGCGCAACUCUUUUCGUUUGCUGGUUAUCGAGAAGAAACCUGGAAAGAAAUGAUCGUUGCUGAAAAAUAAUCUGCCAGUUCCCCUUGGAAUUGAGAAUUACAUUCAAGCGAAAGAGUUUAUUUUAAUGUUUUCUAUUCAUAUGAUGCUGCGACCAAAUACAAUUGGUUUUGUGAGUUUUCAAUCAAGUGAAGUUAGCAGGAAAUCUUCUGAAGAUUAUCCUUGUGAAGAACCUUGUGCCUCCAACGAAACGCUCUCGUUUUCGAAGUCCCCCAAAUAUUCAUUUACACAUUCAUUCAGAAUGGAUUUAGAUUCAACUUCAAACAAAUGAUCUCUAAAUCAACGAUAGUCCUACGUCACCCUUGCGGUUAUACCAUAGAUAUAACCCACUUCCUGUUUUUGAAUGACGAUGCACUUCUUUUUCUUUCGAAUUAUAGACACUUGAAACUAAGACAGUUCAUUCGUCUUUGAUGGCGAUGCACGGAAGAUGCCUCUCGUUAAUAUUCAGUGCAAUGCGUGCAUUGAUAUAAAGAAACAAAUUGCGACAUAUGACCAAUUAGUGUAUUGUUCUCGCAAAGGCAAAAAAUGAUCGUUGCUUCUCGAAAUGAUUCUACAAAACUACGCAAGCCAUUAAACCUUUUCAGGGUCCCGGAACUUUUUACUAAAGAGUUAUUUAUUAAAUUUCGACGUAUUUGCAAAUAAUAUUCGAAAUGAUAAACCAUCAAAUUUCAAAAGAAAAAAGAUUGCGUAGUCCUACGUUCUAAGCGGUCGUGUCUCGGAUACAACCCCUCGAAUUUUUUACGAUUUAAUGCUUGCUGGGCAGGCCCGAAGGCAGUUUUAAAUUGUUAAAAUAUGAAUGAAAUUUUUUACUUCAUGUUAUUGAUUACUUGAAACAUGUAGUACUGAAUAUUAAUUAACCAUUUCUAUAUAAAUUUUGCGAUAUUUCCACUAAAGUACAAUAAACAAUCAGAAAUGACGUAUCCGAUUGUAACUCUUUCGUAUCAUAUGUAAGAGCUUCAAUUGCCCUAAAAUCAUAUUUCAGAUAGCUAAAAGUCAAUUGAUUAAUUCCUAUUUGUACAAACAUAAAUGUUUAUAAAAGUUCUAUAUACAUACAAAAAUGGUGAUUCCCCGGGCCGAACAUUUUACUUUAAUAUUUUCCGCCAUUUUUUAUAGCAGUGAUGAACGUAUAUUCGUAUGACAACAGACUUAUUAUGUUAUUAGGUAUUGCAUAAUAAUUGUACAGUAAGUAACCUCUAAUUCGACAUUAAGUUAAUUGGACGGACCUGUAAUGGGACACAAAUAAUUGGACAUUUUCAUCUCUAAUUGGAUAUUUUGUAAACAUCGAGUUUGGUACCCAAAGUAUGGCCCCAGAUUGAAAGUAGCCACCAGAUGUAGACAUUGUACCACUAUCAACGUGAAUGUCCAAUUACAGACCAAUCAACUCUAAUGCGACACUGAGUAGUGACUCGGUAUGUCGAGGAUUAGAGGUAACUUACUGUAUAUGCUAUUUGGGUGCAUCAUAUACCACCCAAAAUAUCAGAUAUUCGAUGCUCUAUAUACGAUUUAAUGUUUGGUGGGUUGGCAUACUUGGCAGCUUGGUUUGUCAAGUUCAUAAUCUCAUGUUUACAGUUUUGAGUUAAGUGCAAUUGAAUGACAAAGUUGAACUAAUUUAUUUUUGUCGCUAUGUUUAUCAGAACGCAAAAGAUCGGCAAACAGAUAAUCUUCCGUUCUUAAAAGUUAAAAAUUUAAAAAAAGCAACGUGAAAGUUAAACACUUUUCUUGAAACCGGAAAUAUUCGGACUUAAAAAUAAUUUUUAACGUAAUAUUCCAAACAUACAUGUAUUUACAAAAAUCUAUAAUUAUUAUUAUAAUUAUUAUUAUUAUUAUCAUCAAGAACGUUUUCCGCCAUUAGUUUUUUGGUUGUCUGUAGUAAAUCGUAUAUACGCAUGACAAUAGUCGCACUAGAUGCAUGUAUAAGUCGUAUAUUCAUCCAUCCAAUCAUCGUGAAUACUGUUGCAAGUGGAAAAUAAAUGUGUGUUCAUUGCUUAUGAUGCGAACAUAAACAACAAUAUAAUACAGUAAUUUAAAUUUUAUACGACAUGCCGAGGCACCACUCAGUGUCGCUUUGGAGGCGAUUUUGGCUUGUAAUUGAACAUUGACGAUGUGAGUUGUAUAGUGUCUACGUCUGGUGGCAACUUUAAUAUGACGCCAUAAUUCGGGCCCCGAACUCGAUGUUUACAAAAAUGUCCAAUUAAACGUGUCACAUUACAGGUCUGUCCAAUAAUCCAAACGUCGCAUUAAAUGUAACUUACUGUAUAUAAACAAUAUUUAUUCCCAGCUGUUUUGAGGCAUCUCGCAUUCAGUUGUCAGUGCAAGUUGGUGCAAUUUUUAGAGUGUAAAAAAAGUUCACUGUUUACAUAAAAGCAAUCUCGAAUCGGCCCCACUUUUUUGCUUGAAGUUACUAUCCCAAUAGAUACAAUACGGUAGCGCGACUUAUGAGAAAGGCCUUUCAGCCAUCUUGGAUUUUGUAUGUAAACAAUCUGCAAUAUUUUGCAAUAUCUUUUUUUCGCUCUUUGUGUGUGGAAUUGUUUUGGUGGGAAUAAGGGCAUUGAAAAGUUGAAAGGUAAGUCUUUUACGGUUAAAGUUAGGUUUGUGAUAUACUCUAUCUUAUAUGUUUCAGCUCAAGAGAAUAAAUCGACUUUCGGUGUCGGUCGGUGAUGGAGGUAUUUUUCCCGCGUUUUGCAGCUAGAGACGUCGGUUAAUUAUUCGAUUGUAAGGUUCUGGAAUUUCAAGUUUUCCUAUAUCUAAUAUUCUUUGUUUCUCUGUUCUUGGUUAACAAAAACUUAAUGCCUGUUUUUGAUGGGGCAUAAAAAAAUGAUAUAAAAGGAUUUCUAGGAACUUCCUGCGACUUGUUCUUGACUUGUUCAGCUCAUAUAUUAUAGAAAAAAAACCCGAAGUUGUAACGGUAAAAAUAACCAUAAGCCACCGAUUAAUUUAUAAUCUACAGUUUACAAUUCUUCCGCAAGUGCAAUUAUUUCACAAGUGUGUAUAUGCGUGACCAUUAUAUUUAGUGAACAACUAAACGAAUGUCAAACAUUUGUACUUUACUUUUGCACGUAUGAAUCUAACGACGAAUAAUGUGCGAUUCACAUAGCACGUUACGGAGAAGAACGUCUACGUUCCGUCAACGUCUCCACCAAUUCACACAUGCAGUCAAUGCUUCCACCAGCACCGUCACGUCAAAUGCCAAACGAAUGAUUUAUUUAAUUUUAUCCAUGGUGUCGCCACCUACAACAAUUUUAAAUUGCAAUGCCUUCUUUCAAAUCUGCAUACCUAGAAUCAGUUCUAAAUUUUGAAAAAUUCAAUGAGAAUCAUUAAAUUCAAUUAUUUCAAUGCUUAAACCCCGUAGUCCGACCCUUAUGCAAUAAUAAUAACAAAUAGAAUAAUUCUUUCAACUAGUCGUGAAUGAUUUUCACUCCGAAAUUUGGAGCCAAGAGAUAUGUUGGCAUAAAAAAUACAGUAAGUUACUUAUAAAGCGAUAGGCUGGGGUACCACUCAGUGUCGCAUUGGAGUCGGUUUUGACCAGUAAUUGGACAUUUGCGACUGGUGGCGACUUUCAAUGUGGGGCCAUAAUUUGGGCCCCGAACUCAAUAUUUACAAAAAUGUCCAACUAGAGGUAAAAAUGUCUAAUUAAACGUGUUGCAUCACAGAUCUGUUCAAUUAGCUUAAUGUCGAAGUAGAUGUAAAUUACUGUAUAACCAAAUCAAAACAAAAGCCGAGACACAAGGCCCAGACAAAAACCAAACGAGCCGUCCGUCUCCGUCAAUUAUUCUUUUCUACAAACCCUGCCGGUCGUUUUCGUUGAACGUAUGCUGACGGGUCGUUACGUUGCUGGUGUAUGUGAAUGUUUUCAUGAGAAUUUCAUGGUAGAAUCAUUGACGUAUCGUGACGUGACGGGACGUGAACGUGACGUGUAUGUUGUAUGUAAAUUGCACUUAAUAUAUGAAUCCGUUCAAUCCGGUGACAAAAGGACUAAAAUCAAAUAAGAAUAGUCCAAAAAUGAUAUUAUGCAUUAUAUUUGAUAAAUAUUCCACGCCACUGACACUAAUUUAUACAUUUCAUUGAACAAUAUCCUAAAAUAGGAAAAAAAAGUCACUUGUCCAAAAAAGUUGCUCCUUUAUGCGCGUCGGUGUCUCAGACCGAAGGUGGUGAAAAAGUGAUAUACGUCCCCUUCGUACCAACUUAUACGAUACGCUAAACGAUGACGAACAACGAAUGACGAAGCUAGAGAGAAUCGCAAUGUCGUAGUGUUGAUGUUUUCUGAGAAAUGAACGAAUUAUUGAUUUCUUGGUCUCUCAGACCUAUGCGCGAGUAAAGGAGUGUUACUCUUAAAGAAGGUAGUCUCAGCUCCCGUUCUAAAAUAGAAGUAUCCAAAUUUAGAGUGCCAAGGAAAAUAUACUAUACUAGUGGUCAAUGAUUCUAUAAAUAGUAGCUAGUAGCUAUAGAGACCAAGCAGAAAUAUUCAAACAAAUCAGCUAUUCCAACAACAAUCGAAGAAUAGGUAGUUUUGAACAGAAAAAAAUGAUGUUGGUGUAAUAAAAAUAUUGUGCAUAAUUCUCAUGGUGUGCCCUUUUUUCAAUCGUCCUCAGAAAAUCAUGAAAUGGUAAAUUUAUCAACAUACUGAAAUACCAUUUCAUUCAAAAACCAUUAUUCUGCACCAUGUUUAUUACAAAAUUAUAUUUAAUGUAAUUUCUAGAAUUAUGCCAUCAUAUUUUUUUUAUCAUGAAUGUCUGUUCUUUUCGAUUACAAGAAAUAAAUAUUUGCUCGAUUAAUCGAAUACUCAAAGACAAUUAUUCGAAUGAAUCGAAUAUUUAAAAAUGACCCUACGAUUAAUCGACAAUUGAAUAAACGAAAAAUUUAGACAUCUCUAUUUGCAGCCAAAUCCCUUUCCACAGUCCUCUGUAUAUUUUUACCGUUUCCCCUCGCGCACUUAUUGAUGACACGGUCACAUCUUUAUUCCACACACCUUGCCCCUGAUCUUGGCCACGACUCAAAUUUGACAGAUAAAUGACGCGUUACUAAUAAAAUAAUGAUGCGUUACUAAGGGUGCUCAUACACUGUUUGACUGAAGUCAAAUAUUUAACUCUUUUUGACAAAUAAAAUUUGAUCAACAUGUACUGAUCAAAUAUAUUCCACACAAAACACGACAAGUAAUUGGGUGCGUUGGAUUAGUACGUUUCGUCCCGUAUUCCGAAAAAAAAGUCCCAAAGUGUCGACAAAGUGUGUUUUUGACGAUUUUUUUUGAGAUGACAGUAGAUCUCGACGUUUCAUGCAAUCUUAAGAUAUUUGGUAUAAAAAAAAUCGAAAACCCCGAUUUCCUUUACUCCCCCCUAGAGUGAUUUUUCGAUUUUCAAAAAACUCAAAUUUUGACCGUUUUGCGCCACUCCCACUUAAGUCCGAUUGAGCUGAUAUUUUAUAGGGUGUUUUUUCGAGGUGGUGAACAUUUUUUGUGGGGUAAUUUUUGAAAUUCGAGAUGACCAUUUUCAUUGGCACACUAAUGUGCGAUUCACAUAGAACGUUACGGAGAAGAACAUCUACGUUCCGUCAACGUCUCCGCCAAUUCACACAUGCAGCCAAUGCUUCCAACAGCACCGUCACGUCAAAUGUCAAACGAAUGAUUUAUUUAAUGUUAUUCAUAGUGGUGCCACCUACAACAAAUUCAAAUUGUAAUGCCCUCUUUCGAAUCAGCAUGCCUAGAAUCAGUUCUAAAGGUUCUAAAUGAAAAAAAAAUCAAUGAAAAUCAUUGAAUUCAAUUAUUUAAAUGCUUCAACCCCGUAGUCCGACAAAUAAUUUAACAAAAAUAAUAUAUAGACUAUUUCUCUCAGCUAGUCGCGAAUGAUUUUCACUCCGAAAUUUUGAACUAAGAGAUAUAUUAGCAUAAAAAGUACAGUAAGUUACUUGUUCGGAUUACGGAAAGAAAUUCUUUGGAUCAAAUUCGCUGUUAGUAGAUCAAAGCUACAAAUAUAUAUUUAUUAAUUAAAUUCAUAUUUUUAAUAGAUUUACCCUUUUACAUUUAGUUUCUCUUCCUCCUGCAAUAGAUUUUCUGCCUCGCAAGAUUGCCUUUUAUCUGCGAAUCUUAACCCACGUGUUGUUCGUUUUAAUCCGUUUUGUGUCCUGUCUUUAUCAUUUUAAUUAGGUACAAUAUUCCAAUUAUGUAUGAGAUUACUCACGGCUGUAGUUCGACAAAUUCACUAGUUAUAUCUAUUAUUUUAACUAGUAUAAUCAAUUUAGGAAUAACUUUAUUUUAACUUGUGAUUUUUAAACACGUACUUUCCACCAUGAACCUUUCAUGUUUUUUGCCUAUUUGACAAUUGACUAGUCCGAGAGUCAGUUGUAGCUCGUUUUUCGACAUGUUUACUAUUUGACGUUUUAGUGGUUCUGUUUUCCGACGAGGCUGCUCGUGUUCCCUGCGGUGUUGUUUCUAACAUUACUUCUAAUGCGACAUGCCAAGGCACCACUCAGUGUCGCAUUGAAGGCAAUUUUAACCAGUAAUUGAACAUUCGUGACUGAUGGAGACUUUCAAUGUCUGUCCAUAAUUUGGGCCCCAAACUCAAUGUUUACGAAAAUGUCCAAUUAGAGGUAAAAAUGUCCAAUUAAAAGUGUAUCAUCACAGGUCUGUCCAAUUAGGUAAAUGUCGAAUUAGAUGUAAAUUACUGUACAACCAAAAUCAAAACAAAAGCCGAGACACAAAGCCCAGACAAAAACUCAAGGAACCGUCCGUCUCCGUCAAUUAUUCCUUUCUACAAAUCCUGUCGGUCGUUUCCAUUGAACGUAUGCUGACGGGUCGUUACGUUGCCGGUGUAUGUGAAUGUUUUCAUAAUAAUGAAAACAUGGUAGAAUAACUUACGUAACGUGACGUGGAUGUUGUAUGUGAAUCGCACUUAAUAAAGCCCAAUGCUAUACGUAACGCAACUAACGAACCACCUGACAAUUUGACACCUUGGACCUAACUGUCCGCUAGCUUGAAAAGAAAUUGUUUUGCAAGAAAGCCAUUAAUAAAUCUGAAUUCAAAAUCCACCAUCUUUUUUUCUGCAUGCAGAAGCGGACGUUGACGCGUAAAAUUUGCAAAUCUUUUUUAAAUGUUUAUCGAACGUUUUUCGAAUCUUUUUUGAGGUGUAAAUUUAAUGUUGAAAGUUCAAAAAGUUCAUAUUAAGGGAGUUGAGGCUAUUGAGAAAGUCCUGGUACUACAAAAUGUCGGAUACGGAAAACCAUCUUUCGGAUGAAAGUGGCGACCAGCUGCUUGCGGAUAGCGGAUGUGUAUCGAACGAGAUGGAAACAAAUAGCGAAAGUACAGCAGUCAACAACACUCUAAUUAGUAAUGAAGAGCGGCAGGGGUCUCAUGCAUGUAACUCUGCGCCGGAAUUUUAUCGCGGUGAGUAUCCGGUUACGCAAAUCAAUGGAUGUCGUCAGUAUGGACCACCGAGGAACUGGAUCGGCCUACCUCCAAGAUUUGGCUGUGAGAUUUUUGUGAAGCGUAUCCCUCCCGAAUUCACCGAGAGGGAACUUGUACCCGUGUUUGAGCGUUUUGGCAGGCUGUAUGAGAUGCGUCUUAUGAUGGACUAUGAUAACCGAAAUCGAGGUUAUUGCUUUGUGCGUUACGCAAGCGAAUACAACGCGAAAGUGGCGAUUCAGGUGCUGAAUCAUCAUUACGUCAAGGAUAACCGGACAUUUGAUGUUCAGGAAUCUUUCGAAAAAAGCAGACUAUUUGUGGGCAAUCUUCCGAAGAACGUUGAUCGAACUACUAUCGAAAUCUCGUUCCGGGCGCUAUUUCCUGAAAUGACUAGAUUCGUCAUGCACAAUCGUAUUUCGGAUGGAAACAUGCAUCGCGGAUUUGCUUUUAUGGAUUUUUCAGACCACGCGGCAGCCCUGCGUGCGAAAAAACAAGCAACACCCGGAUGCUUGCGGAUCUGGGAACAAGAUAUAAAAAUUGUUUGGGCCAAUCCGCAGCGUUCUUUGGAUCAUUCUAGCAUCAACGUCACAAAAACGCUGUUCAUUCGAAACAUCGACACUAACAUAUCCAAGGAGAUCUUGCAAAAUCUUUUUUCCGAUCUUAUUAAAAGCCAAAAAUUUAACAUUUCUCGGGUACGCGAGUUUGCAUUCGUGGAGUUUCCCAGACGAGAUCAGGCCGAAUAUGUAAUGCAAACACUUCAAGGUCGCAAGCUGAACAAUUUUCAACUGGAUGUUGAGUGGGCGAUGCCACAUCUCAGGAAUUCGUUCCACAGCAUGAAGAAUUACGACUUUGACUCGCUGCUGCGCAUCAAGUGCAUCGCUAACAAUUGGGAUCCUCCUAUAAUCCUGUAUGGUCGGAUUUUUGCGCUGAGUCGUAUACAGCAUGCAGUCGUUAUCAUGCGCCACAACGGUCAGGCAUAUGCGUACUUUGUAGAGAUUUCAUUCGCUGGAUUGUGGGAUAUUCAGAGCCGGAUCUACGAAGCAUUGAUUACUAUUAUUCGCGAGGACGGAAAGCUGCCAGAAAAUAAUUUGUUCAUUAAUGUUAAGGACAAUAGAAUGAAUCUGAUUGGUUCAAUUUUUUUGCUCGAUCAGCCAGUUCUGAAUCUAGCACAGGGCGUUGAUUUGUCUCUGAAAGUUUUUUGGGACGAAAUUGUAGAUUUGUGCGCCGUCGUUAACCAAAUUCUCAACUACUCGUUUGAUGAUUUGUACUGUCUCUACUGGAGGGAGUUGGAACGUCCGGAACCUUUUUGUUACCUGGAAACGAUUCAACUGCAGGAUCGCAUUGUCGGAUGUUUGAAUCAAAAUUUCCGUGAUCGUCCACCACUGAAUGGCAUGCUGGACAAUCGCGAGGUUGUCCUGGUACUAUGCGAUCGAUGCACGCUAUCAAACUACAAUUUUUCCAAGAAGAAAAAUUACAUAGCGCAAUCGCUUUCUUCCAUCGAGAACUGCAACUUCAAUACCGUCAAGUUCGCCACUCUACAAAUGAUGCCAGCCAGUUGCGUCCAAGCACCUAGCCGUUCUCUGGAGAAGAUUGAAGCCGUCUUCUACGGCCCAGAUCCUUAUGUUCAUGCGGAAAUCCACGGCAAUCAACACAUUAGCAUGUCGAACUACGGUAACAUACACUCUGGACUCGCGUAUGAUCAACAAUUUGGUGGCGGUCAGUUACUGGCGGAAUCGGGCGAGAUGAGACAACCGCAUCAACUACUUUGGCCCGCGGCGCCCCAGCCAAUGUAUGCACCGUUACCGCCACCUGGAUUUAUGGCCCAACCGUUGCCACCGCAUCCAUUCUUUGUUUCACCGUUAAACCGGCCUCCGCUCUCGGAUGAUUUUAGUGUACCAUCCUGUUUUUCUAAUUUCGUUCAUGGACAUUGUUGAAGUUUGUUUCUUUUGAUUUUCUUUUUUGAUAUUCGAUUAUUUCAUACGAUAUUUUAACAUCGUUACUACUCUUAUUAUAUUAUGACUGAAUUCUUAUCAUUCUUGUUGUUUUAG